AUGAGCCCGCCUCGAGAAAAAAGAUUCAAGGAAGAGGGUCGAGGUAAGAAGCCGAGCAAAGAAGAAGAUGAGUUCAUAGAACCAGAGUUUGACUGCAAUGUGAUUAGUGGAGCUUUUGGUGGAGGGGGUGAUACCAUGAAUGCCAGAAGGAAGUACUUAAGAGAAGUGCUCUCAAUACGAGAGCGGCCUAAGUUCAAAGAAACCGAAUCGGAGGCACCACUACUGUAUUUCACUAAGAAGGAGUUGGAGGAUGUAAUGCCGGGACACGUUGACAGGUUAGUUAUGACAGGAACGUUAGUCAAUUGUAAAGUCAAAAAAAUGUUCGUGGAUAACGGCAAUUGUGCCGACAUAUUCCUAUGGCAGGCAUUCCAGAAAAUGAACCUGGAUGAAGAAGAUUUGAAACCCUGCAACACGGCUUUGAUUGCAUUCAAUGGCCGUAACACUAUCCCUAAUGGAUACAUUGACCUGAGGCUUACUUUGGGAACAAAGGAGGCCUACAAGUCGGACUGGAUAAGAUUCAUAGUAGCUGAUUUCCCUUCGGAAUAUAACGUAAUUCUGGAAAGGCCAACUAUCCAUGAUUGGGAUAUGCUGGUUUCAACCAAGCAUCAGAAGCUCAAGAUAAUUGGCAAGCAGAACACGGUCAUCACCAUUGCUGGGGAUCAAAAAGAAUCCCGGGACUGCUACUUCAAGUCGGUUAGGGCAGUGAGUAAUGACUUUAAAAAUCCAGCCGGGGUGAACCCCGUCGGUAAGCAGGAUAGUUUAAGACAGAAAGGGCAGAAACCAAUUAAUAUGGUAGAAUUGGACAUGAGGGACGACACUCAGAUCCCGAGGCCGGAACCCGACGGAGAGCGGGAAGAGGUAAUCAUUGGACAGGAAACUCAAACAGCCAAGAUCGAAAAGGGGUUGGCGAAUGAGGACAAAGUCCGACUUACGGAGUGCCUAAGGAGGAACACAGACGUUUUUGCUUGGAAAUCCUCAGAGAUCCUUAGGGUGGACCCUGAUUUUUGUUGUCACAAGCUUGCGGUGUACCCAGGAUCUAAGCCGAUAGCUCAAAAGAAAAGAAAGGUCAGCGCGGAACGUCGGCAGGUGCUAGAAGAUCAUGUAAAGGAAUUGCUGGAAGCAGGGUUCAUCAGAGAAAUACAAUACACAACCUGGUUAUCCAAUGUGGUGAUGGUAAAGAAGCCAAAUGGGAAAUGGAGGGUGUGUACGGACUACACAGAUCUGAAUAAAGUAUGUCCUAAAGAUGCAUACCCCAUGCCCAAUAUAGAUCAGCUUGUUGACAACUCAUCCGGUUUCCAUAUGCUAUCCUUCAUGGAUGCAUAUUCGGGGUAUAAUCAAAUCCCACUACACCCUGAAGACCAAGAAAAAACUGCCUUCAUCGCAGAAAAGGCAAAUUAUUAUUAUAAUGUAAUGCCUUUUGGACUGAAAAACUCAGGGGCCACCUACCAAAGAAUGAUAAAUCAGGUAUUCGCGGAUCAGCUUGGCCAAAUUGUGGAAGUCUACAUAGAUGACAUGAUUGUUAAGUCAAUUAACUCACCAGUUCAUACUGAGGAUCUGGAGCAAACCUUCCAGAAACUAAGGUAG